AUGCCACACGUCGAAGUACUACCCAAUUCUACUGCGUCCAUCGCUCCGGGCUGGACAUAUGUCGUUGAUACCGGCUACGACCCUUCCAAGGUCGCCAUCAACCCCAAGAACAAAAAGCGCGCCGCUGCACAACCACGCGCCCCGCGCGGCGAUGGCGAGCUCACCUCGCGACAACAGCUUGCCAUCGCCCGCCGCAUCGCCGAGCUGAACAGAGACAACGAUCCCAAGCAGGCUAUAGAAAUCCCCGGCAAGUCGGCGGUUCCCAAGACACAGAACGCACGUCGCAUCAUACAGUAUCAACGCCAGAUCAAGCACUGGCUCGACGACGAAGAAGCCCAGCUGGCACAGCUUCAGCAAGCCCCUCAACCUCGGGCCGCUACCACCUUGUCGCGACUGGGAGCCCACCCUUCACGACGAACGACCAACCUGAUAACCUCCAUACCACCCACACCUUCUGAAGCCACCACUCCCGCCCCGCCGUCCACGCCAGCACCACCAAAAGCACAAAGUGAACUUGAUGAUGAGCCUCUGCUUUCAGUCGAUACAUCGAUGCCCCCACCUGUCAAUCCUGCCGAACUACAAGCCCUCCUCUCGUCACCUCCUCUGCCUUACGCUGCUUCCUAUGCUGCCCCGCCCCCGUCGAAUGGCCCCCCACGACGCCAUUUUUGUGAUAAUUGUGGCUAUUGGGGGAGCAUCAGGUGCAUCAAGUGCGGUGCUAGGGUGUGCGGAAUGGAAUGCAAAGAAGCACACGAGGCCACUCGCUGCUUGAAAUGGGCAUGA